CUCCGCAUUUCUCAUUUCUCAGCUCCCAAAUACAAAACAUCUUGUUUUGAUUCAAUUCAGAAAAUAUCUUAAUCAUGGACUUCCACACCCUCUCAAGGAAGCAGCUGCAAGCCCUCUGCAAGAAGAACAAAAUCCCAGCUAAUAUGACUAAUGUGGCCAUGGCCAAUUCUCUUGCUGCUCUGGAGCAAGUUGAAGGGAUAGAAGAAGUUAUGAAUCCCGUGGACUGUGAUGCCCAGAAGUUUCCCGAUGAAAAGGGCGUUGGAACACCAGCUUGUCGGACGGCAACUCGGAGAAAACCAGUUAUGGAAGAACCUGAAAGCACCAAGAUCUCUACUCGGCUUCGACGUGGGACAAGAGCAAGAAAUGAUGAAGAAAUCGAUCAAGAGAACAAAGAUCUUAACGUUCCUGUUACUCCUGCUGUGCCAACAACCAGGAGAAAAGCUCCAGCAGCGUCCAGUCGCAGAAAGAAGGAAGAUGAAAAGCCAACUGAUCAUGUGCCUAAAACUCCUGCAGCUUCAAGCAGUAGGGUAAAGGCUACUUCGGCUUACAAUACGAGGAAGUCAGUGAGGUUGUUGGAGAAGAACUUGUCUAAGAUGAACUUAGAGGAUAAGGAAGAAACAGGAUCGGUUAACGGUGCUGAGAUUUCUGAAGAAUUGACAAGUGUUUCUCAGCAAAUGGAAGAAUCAGAAGACACUGAAAAUGGGGCUAGCUCACAAGCAAUAUCAACCGAAGUUGUAGAGAAAACUGAUGAAUCUGAGUUGACCUCUUCAGAUAAUAACUUGUCUAAGGUAAGCUUCGUGGAUGCUGAUGAAACAGAGUCAGUGAAGGUUGAUGAGAUCUCUGAAGAAAUUACUGGUCUUCCUCAGAAGAUUGAAGAAUCAGAAGAUGAUGUGGAAGGAGCCAGUUCACAGACUAUAUCAAGUGAGUUUAUUGAGGAAGGUGAUAAAUUGGAACUUACCUCUUCAAAAAAGAACACUGGAUUUGAAUGCCAGUCAAUUGAUUCCAAGUCAGAAAUGGCAAGUGAUACAGGAGCUAGUCUGCUGGCUGAACCACAAGAGAGUCUCAUGAAAAUCAACAAAUCAGGAUCUCCAUUGAAGGAUAUGAACAAUAGUUCUGAAUCAGACGUUGAAUUAAUCAAGUCAGUUACUGAGGAAGUGAAUGAUGCUAAUAAUGAAUUAGGAACUGGGAUUAUAUGUCCAAUUGAGAAUGCUUGUGAUUCUUCAGAUACAGAAAAUGAUAUUUCUCCAUGUACCGAGAAUAAUGCAUUCUCUGGUGACAAGCAAAAGAGCCAUGAACAUUCAAAUAUGGGAAAUGAUGUUCAGAACUCAGUACUAAUGCUUUCUUCUCUUGCUGAGAACGAAGCAGCUGUAGAAAUGGAAGAUGGCUCAGCAGAAACACAUGUAUCUAAAGGUGAUCAUGAGGUUGAUGCUUCUAUGAUUGUCGAACACAAGAAUGAGGCAAGUGAGCAUUCUAACGUGGGCAAUGAUACUCAGAAUUCUGGAGGAAUGUUCUGUUCUGAGAACAAGAAGGAAGCGCUUGAAAUAGCCUGUGAAAUUCGGGAUCCUGAGGAGAUGUCUUCUGCCGAGGAUAAAACCACUGAAAUUGCCCGAGACGUUCAGGAAGAAAUGAUCUCUGCUGACAACAAAGCAAUUGAAACUGCUUAUGACAAUCAGAAUUCUGAAGAGAUGUUUUCUGCUGAGAACAAAGCAGCUGAAACUUCCUGUGAGAUUCAGGAAGAAAUGAUCUCUGCUGAGAACAAAGCCAUUGAAACUGCUUAUGACAACCAGAAUUCUGAAGAGAUGUUUUCUGCUGAGAACAAAGCAGCUGAAACUUCCUGUGAGAUUCAGGAAGAAAUGAUCUCUGCUGAGAACAAGGCCAUUGAAAUUGCAUAUGACAAUCAGAAUCCUGAAGACAUGUUUUCUGCAGAGAACAAAGCAGCUGAAACUUCAUGUGACGUUCAGAAUUCCGACGAGAUAUGCUCCGCUGAGAAAAAAGAAGUUGAAGACGACACGUCUCCUCUUGUUGAUGGAGAACUGGAAUUUGGAGCUUCAUUAGAUAUUGAAGAAUCCAAAGGAUAUGUAGAGGAGGAUGCAGUCACGGAGGUCUGCAAUGAACCAUCAUCCGAAGGAAAUACAAAUGUUCAAAGUGCAGCAGAUUCUCAAUCUCCAAUGGUUAUAAAUGAAGCCAAAGCAGAGCCUGAAAUAGAUGUCCAAUCUUCAUUGGUUAGAAAUGAAGCUGAAGCAGAAUCUGAUACUACCGACGUUCAAAUUGGCAAUGAAGACUGCAAGGAAGAUGUCGAUGUUCCAACUGUGACUUCUGCUCCAAUCAGUUCUGAACAGAAGGCCACUGACGUUCUUCAGUUUGCUUCUCAAGAUCUGUCGGAACUGAAAAAUAAUGCAGCAGUGGAAGUUAGAUCAGCUAGAAAGACAUGUAAUGAAGAGGGAGAUAUGCAGAAGGAAAACCAGAUCAAUGAUGACCUGACCAGUAAAAGCAUGCGGCAGCUCAAGAAGAUGCUGAAGAACUUAUCUUUAGAAAAUAAAACCAAUAACGACAAGAGUAAUUCUGUUAAGGAAGUGGAGAGGAAAAGAACUGCGUUGCAGGAACUGCCAGAGAACCGAAUGACAGCGAGCAAGGGUCAUCCAUUAUUACCAUGAAGAGGAACGGCAAGGAUGGGGGGAAGACUGGGAAGGAAAUCUUUGGUUUUCUUCCUUAGUUUCUUUCUUUUCUUUUCUUUUCUUCCACUUUUUUUUUUUCCUGGGAGGUCAAACUAUCACUAUCCUUUGUUCAAGACUUCAACUUUGGGUGCAAAGUUCACUUUUCUGUGCUUGUAUUUCAAGUUUGCUUGAAGUCAUACUAUUAAAAGAAAGGAGUCUAACCAUGUGGCGUCAACCACCACUCUCAAUGAUUCUAGGUAUUAUAUGUCUUU